GAGGUGGUCUGCUUUGAACGGCUAUAAAACAGUAACUGCACGUCGUAACUUUCUGAAAAUUAGAAUGUUGCCCACUGAUAGAUCACAGAUGACGGAAACAUUAUUGCAUUGUAAGUAACUGCUCGGGAAAUUCAAAAAGUCACGGACUUAUCAAACCGCCCUCGUACUUCCACUGCCCGGGGGGAUUAGUUGAGGGGUUCGAGAUUCAAAUCAAAUUGUGCACAGAUACGUCAAAAUUCGAAAAUUACAUGAAUCUCAGUUCAGGAAGAAAUUACGUCGAAGUCAAUCAAAAAGGAAGGUAAUAUCGACAAUUUAUGGAAUAGAGUACCUAUAUAUUUGCAGCUGAAAAAGCUACGAUUUCUCAUAAGGAACACUUAGGAUUCUGUAGAAUUUGGUUCAAUUUAGGCCUAUUCCUCAAAUCUACUCUAAAAUCCUAGAUAAUUGAAUUACCUGAUGAAAAUUCUAUGAUUAAUACACAUAUGUCAAAUAUAAAAUUCAGACAAUGUUUGGAAAUCAAAUUUUCAUAUUACUCUUUACAAUUUCAAAACUUCAAUUGACGUUCUCUAAUAAGUAUUGUUAUAUUUGUAAAACUCACACUAUGUGUGUCUAUAGGAAAGAUAUGCCCUCUGAUAAUUGCCUUGAUUAUAAAAAAGUUUCUCUAACGAUAGAUAAUAAAACAGAUAUACUGGAGGCAUACAAUGCACUGAGGAAUUACGUUGCAUCAGGAGGUUUCAUGAAUGAGACAAACACAACCUUUCCAGAGGCAUCGAGUAUGAACAUGGUUAAAUGGAAGGAAGAACUCUCCCAAAUAGCCCAAAGAUGGGCUGACCAAUGUCCUACAGAAGAAAACGAUAACUGUAGAGAUAUUCAAGAUUUUCAUGUAGGGCAAAGCAUUUAUAGCUUAGACAUACCGUCAAAAGACGAAAUACCUCAAUUUCCUCAAGUUCUAACUAAAAUCUGGUUUGAGGGACUUAAAAAUGUCACUUUGAAAAAUCUGAAAGAAUUCGAUAGUUCCUCAAAUUGGAAAUCAAAAAUUUUCACUCAGUCUAUAUGGGGUAAUGCUCAGUAUAUUGGUUGCGGAGCUGCUAUAUUCAAAAAGCUACAACAAGAUGAGGAGAGUUCGAUUAGAACGUUCAUUGUUGUAUGCAAUAUAGCACCAGAAGGGAAUUUACAGAACACUUCCGCAUAUAAAAUAGGUCAACCUUGUUCAGAGUGUCCAAGGAAACAGUGUCAUUCCAAAUUCACCAGUCUUUGCGAUGCGAAAGAAACAGAAAUAUUAGAUGUAUCUAAAAAAUAUAUGGGCAAAUUGUUUGAACAUGUGGUGAGGACUUGGGACUGGAAAAGUAAACUGACCCACAAAAGAGUGUAUUCCCAGAAACUUCCUGGAAUAUGGUACAAUGGAGUAUGCAGAUGCAAUUAUGUUUAUAGGUCAAAAGGAAAUUCAUUUUAUCGAAAAAAGUUAUCUGUUCAUAUUAUUCUAUCACUGAAUAUUUAUUGGAUAAUAAAUAGAUACUGAAUUAUAA